CGCCAGCUCUCGUUCUGCUUCCCCCCUGUUCACCUGUUGCGAGGCUCACACUGUACUCGCGAUGUUUUGAAGGCCGCCUGUAGGUGGAGUCAGGAAAACAUCUGGUGAUCCGCGCGCUCUCCGACGACGCGUCCAAUAAUCCGCCGCCGCACCGGACACCACGCGCAACGCGCAAGGCGUCAGGGACAAGAGCCCGACGUCUCCGAGACGAGUUAACGGUUGCGAGUGUGACACCAGAAAGCGUGCGGUCCAUAUGAACGCCCCAUAGUUCUCAAGACCGACUGGGAGGCAACCACGGAGUGCACCAAAUGAAGACAUGAAUAAGAAGGGAUGAAGUCAUCUCCUGCGCUUUAUGGCCAGCAAACAUCACCGAUGAAUGCAGUGAUCGAUCAAGCCACCGCUCAAGAGGCCUCCUCAAUGCUGGAGGAGUCGGUCUCGCUUAUGCGCAGAAUGUCGCGGGAGAGGUGUGGAAAGAGGCAGGUUGAGAUCUAUUAAUACGGACAGACCCAUUGACCAUUCAGCUCAGCCGCUUUGCCCAGCAGUGCAGCGCCAGGUUAACAUUGCCCACCGCACCGCUGGCAUCGGGCUAUGGGCGCACCGUGCGGAACGCGGCGUUGUAUGCGUUUGUUUGAUGAAUAAAUGACAUUGGCGUCUCUCUCGCGUAUCAUGCUGGUGGACCCUCCGCCGUCAGGCGCAGCGCUUCGGCUCCUGGACAUAAACUGAAAUACGGUGCAAUGUGUUCGUUUUGGAAAUUCAAUAAGGUGCGCAAUAAAACACCGUGUGAGUGCCGCGGAGCAUCGGACAGGGUCGCAAUCCACGCCGUGGCCUGCGUGUGAAACGCGCCGGAGAAUGGAGAAGUUCCUGCAGAUAGCGCCCCAUUCCCUGGCCAUAGUGCUGUCGCGGGUCAGCACCGAGGAGGCGGCCGCGGUCACCGAGAAGCUUCAGCACCAUCACACCGGCUACGAGAUAUUCGCCGACUUCAAAGCGGAGAACAUGCAGCACUUCUGGAAUAAGAAAGUCACGGACGCCAUAUCGGAGACCUUCUUCUUGGGCUGGAUAGAUGAACAUGUUCUGCUCAUUCAAGGCAAGGAGGAUCAUUUGGAGGUCCUGAGGGAAGGAUGGACGCGGAGAGCCCUCAAACCACCGCGGGGCUUCGAGAUCAAGUGCAUAGGCGAUGUAUCUCCGAUCAGUAUGUCACCCAUCAGUCAGUCUCAGUUCAUCCCACUGGGAGAGAUUCUGUGUCUGGCCAUCUCAGCCAUGAACUCUGCCCGCAAACCUGUCACACAAGAUGCGCUGAUGGAGCACCUUGCCACUUGCUUCCCAGGUGUACCCACUCCGAGUCCAGAGAUCCUGCGGCACACGCUGAACAUGUUGGUACGGGAGAGAAAGAUCUACCCCACACCAGAAGGUUACUUCAUUGUUACUCCACAGACCUACUUCAUCACCCCCUCCCUAAUCCGCACCAACAGCAAGUGGUACCACCUGGAUGAGCGGCAUCCAGAGCGACAGCAGCAGCAGCAACAACAACAGCAGCAGCAGCAGCAGCCACCACCUCAACAGCAAUGCACAUCGCCACAAUCUGGAACCAUCACUCCCUCCACCUCUGGCUGCAUACGAGAAAGGCCUAACCCUAAGAACCACUGCGACUCCUAUAAUGCCUACCGCGAUGAGGUGCCCAGCAUUCAUACUGCUACGAUUCAAAGAAAAUCCCCAAAAGAACCCAAAGGAGAUCCACCUUCAUACCCACAACACCCACCCCCUCCACCUGCCAUUCAGCACCCACCUGACCCCACCGACAAGAGCAAGAGCAUGACUGCCACCUUCUCUUACAAGACAGACACACUGACCAAGAAGAAGGAGGGCAGCGGUGGGGGCAGCAGUGAGAGGCAGUCCAAGAAGUUUGGGUUGAAGCUGUUCCGCUUGAGCUUGAAGAAGGACAAGACCAAACAGCUGGCCACCUUUUCUGCACAGUUCCCUCCAGAGGAGUGGCCCUUGAGGGAUGAGGACACACCGUCUGCUGCAGCGAUCCCUCGUGAGGUGGAGAUGGAGAUCAUCCGCCGCAUCAACCCAGAACUGACGGUGGAGAACGUGGCCCGUCACACAGCUGUCAUGAAGCGGCUAGAAGAGGAACGAGCUCAGCGCUGCAAGGCCAGCUCCUCCGCACAGCACAGCGCCCGCAGUCGCCGCAGCCGAGGCCACCGGCGUGUGCCGCACGGGAAGUCGCGUUCGCACAGCAAGACGCGGGUUUCUCGGGGAGAUCCCGCUGAGGGCUCCAAUCUGGACCUGCCAGCAGUCAGCCUGGAGAGGGACUACCGUUUUUUCAGUCACUCUCUGGUACGCUCGCCAAGAGAGGGAAUGUACACAGUGGAACGCAGAAGCGGUGGUGCCUACCUUGUCCACAGCAACCCCAACAUUGCUGAGUCACACUUUCCUGUCACCCCGGAGUGGGAUGUUUCGGGGGAGCUUGCAAAGAGGCGGACAGAGAUGCCUUUCCCUGAGCCUUCACGUGGAACAUCACAUUCUAGAGUGCACCGGAGUCACAGCCACAUUCAGGACCGCAAGUCACGCAAUGAGCAGCCCGACAAGGCGAAAGAGCGAUCGCGUUCUAUGGACAACUCCAAGGGCCCGCUGGGAGGUGGGAGCUCCAUGCUUGGCACGGCUGAGGAUUACGACCGCAGUCCUGACGACAGAAGCCGCUACUAUACCGAUGAUGGGACGCUGAGGGCCUCCUCUCAGAAGGCCCCGCACUACUCGUGCAUCAUGUUUUCUGCUGCCAAGUUCAGCUCUGAAAUGUCAGUACCUGAUAUGGGCAAAUUGAGUCUGGAUGACUCAAGGCUCUGCAGCCCUCUAGAACGGAACAAGAGCAGGGACAGCCUCCCAGCCUACAGUGACCUGAAGGUCCUGUCGCCGAAGCCUUUGGCUGAUGACUACUUCCAGUGCAAUACAUCGAAUGAAACAAUCCUUACUGCCCCGCUGCCUCUGGGCAAAUCUGACCAUGACACUUUAACCCCAUCUGACGGAAUCCGCAAGGGCUCUCCAGCUGACCGGCAGACGCCGCACCUCACCUCUCCUCACCCCUUGGAGUACAAAGAGGACUCCUCCACCAAGGGGCACAAUGGUUCUGGCAAACCCACACCGAGCCAGACACCUGAGCCUAUGCCCAAUGGACGUUUGAUACAGCACCAACACAACACUGACCCAGGGGGCGGGGGAGGUGGUGGUAGCACUGGUGGCGGGGUGGACAAGAGGAAAGAGAUUUUUAGUAAGGACACUUUGUUCAAACCGCCACACAAUGUUUUGACUGUGAGCUAUGUGGACAGUGGCUACUCAAAGUCAGGCACUUUGCGUAAGACUCCGCAUAUGAAAUCAUCCGAGGUCCUUGACACUCUGGAGACCCAACAACCACCUAAAUCCACCCCUUUGUCUGCUUCUGCCCCAGCACCUACAGGCACAGAACAGGGUGCUCCCUCCACAUCUGAAGCUGCUUUUGACUAUUACAACGUGUCAGAUGAUGACGAUGAGGAAGAGGCAGAGGAGGCCUGCCGUAAAGAGGCCGCCCAGUGGUUGCUAGAACGGGAGAAAGAGCGGGAUUUACAGCGGAAGUUUGAGAACAACUUGACUCUGCUUAGCCCUAAGGAGAGCGAGAAUAAUAACAGCCAGAAGUCAGCUCACUCGGCCCGGCUGGACAGCAUGGACAGCAGUAGUGUGACUGUAGACAGUGGGUUUAACUCCCCUCGCACACGGGAAAGCCUGGCGUCCAACACCUCGAGCAUUGUGGAGAGUAACCGGCGACAGAAUCCGGCUCUAAGUCCAGGCCACAUGGGUACCACCAGCAUCGGCCCCCCAUUCAGCUUCCGUGCAAUCCCAGAGCCCCCUACCACGCAACCUGAGAAACUGCAGAAAUCCCCCAACUGCCUUGCCUCCAUCACCAGCGUCUGACAUGGGCCCAUCUGGGUUGACGUAGGGUCAGGGUGAUCUGCAAUGUUGGGAUGCCUAAGUGCAGGAGGUUGGGUGACUCCCUCCAUCAAGCACCUCGACUACAUGGGGACUGUUAAACCCACAGGCAUGGCUUCCAGAGACUGUUCCCACAGCAUAAAUGGUCACUGCAAAAAAA